AUUGUCUCCGCGCGCUCCAGCAACUGUGCGGCGGGGUGGAGAGAGCGGGACACAAUAGUCCUGGGGAAGAGUUUCCGCAGGGACUGGAGAGCACUGGCGCGCCCUAGGCGAGAGGUGGGAGAGGAGGGCUCCGGCACAGCCCCAAUCUUCCCCGCUCCUACUCCGCGUUACUCCUUCUGGAGACCGUCUAGGCAACCGUGAACGCAGGGCCAUCCCCAACCGUCCACGCCCACUUCGGUUGAGGUCGGAGAGCGCAGGCGCAAACGAGGCUGCUGCUCCUUCCUUUGUCCCCCAUGGCUGAGGAGUGGUUGGAUUGCCCAGCCCUGGGUCCGGGCUGGAAGCGCCGUGAGGUUUUUCGCAAGUCAGGUGCCACCUGUGGACGCUCAGACACCUAUUACCAGAGCCCCACAGGAGACAGGAUCCGAAGCAAGGUUGAGCUGACCCGUUACCUGGGCCCUGCAUGUGACCUCACCCUCUUCGACUUCAAGCAAGGCAUCCUGUGCUAUCCAUCCCCCAAGGCCCCUUCUGAGACGGUCCCUAGCAAGAAGCGGAAGAAGCCUUCGAAGCCAGUUAAAGCUGGGAAAUGUCAGGUUGGACCCCAGAGAGUUGAGGUCAGGAAGGAGGCCCCAAGGGAUGAGACCAAGGCUGAUGCUAACACAGCCCCAGCUUCGCUCCCUGCGCCUGGGUGUUGUGAGAACUGUGGAAUCAGCUUCUCAGGGGAUGGUACUCGAAGGCAGCGGCUCAAGACAUUGUGCAAGGACUGCCGAGCUCAAAGAAUUGCUUUCAACCGGGAGCAGAGGAUGUUUAAGCGUGUGGGCUGUGGAGAGUGUUCAGCCUGCCGGGUAACUGAGGACUGCGGGGCCUGCUCCACCUGCCUUCUGCAGCUGCCCCAUGAUGUGGCCUCGGGGCUGUUUUGCAAGUGUGAGCGGAGACGGUGCCUGCGGAUUGUGGAAAAGAGCCGAGGGUGUGGAGUAUGCCGGGGCUGUCAAACCCGAGAGGACUGUGGCCAUUGCCGAGUCUGCCUUCGCCCUCCCCGCCCUGGUCUCAGGCGCCAGUGGAGGUGCGUCCAGCGGCGCUGCCUACGACAUCUUGCCCACCGCCUGCGUCGCCACCAUCAGCGAUGUCAACGACGCCCUCCCCUAGCUGUGGCUCCCCCUGCUGGUAAGAAACGUAGCCGCCGCAGGGGAGGCUGCGAGUCCAAGAAGACUUCCCGGCGGCGCCCCCGAACCCAGCCACUGCCUCCGCUUCCCCCACCGCAGCCUCCCGAGUCCCCAGAGCUGCGCCCCAGAGCCCUGGGCCCCUCGCCACCUGCCGAGUUCAUCUAUUACUGUGUAGACGAGGACGAGCUACAGCCUUACACAAACCGCCGGCAGAACCGAAAGUGUGGGGCCUGUGCAGCCUGCCUGCGGCGGAUGGACUGUGGCCACUGUGACUUCUGCUGUGACAAGCCCAAGUUUGGUGGCAGCAACCAGAAACGCCAGAAGUGUCGUUGGCGCCAGUGCCUGCAGUUUGCCAUGAAGCGCCUGCUGCCAAGUGUCUGGGCAGGGUCCGAGGAUGGGGCAGGGUCGCCCCCACCUUACCCUCGUCGAAAGAGGCCUGGAUCUACUCGACGGCCCCAUCUGGGCCAUACCCUGAAGCACCCCUUGGGCACUCCCACAGCCCGACGAGAACAUGCCCAGACUCCAAUGAAGCAGGAGGCAGGCAGUGGCUUUGUGUUGCCCCCACCUGGCACUGACCUUGUGUUCUUACGGGAGGGUGCCAGCAGUCCUGUACAGGUGCCUGGCCCUACCCCAGCUUCCACACAACCCCGCUUGCAGGUGAGGGCUCCACCUUAUCCUGCCCUUCCCAACCCUAUCCAGCCUUGUUCCAGGAAGCUGGGACCAAGUCUGCUGCCAUCCUCCUUCAUACAGGGGGCCCAGAGCCCUGGCCUGAGUUGGGUUGUGGCCUUACCCCAGGUGAAGCAAGAGAAGGCGGAUGCCCACGAAGACUGGACACCGGGCACAGCCAUCCUGACUCCUGUAUUGCUGCCUGGCUGCCCCAGCAAGGCAGUAGACCAAGGCCUGCCACGUGUGAAGCAAGAGCCACCUGACCCUGAGGAGGACAAGGAGAAGAGCAAGGAUGACUCAGCCUCUGAUUCAGCCCCAGAGGAGGCAGGAGGGGCUGGCACGCCAGUGAUCACGGAGAUUUUCAGCCUGGGUGGAACCCGCCUCCGGGAUACAGCAGUCUGGUUGCCAAGAAUCAUCAUUUGGGGGUCUUCAAUGCCUUUAGCAUCUCCUAGAGAUGACCAGGUGGGCUGGGCAGUGGCAAGUGGGCAGGAGAUCUGGCUCCACAUGCUAUUGUGUGAUCUUGAACUAGUUCUGCACCUCCUGGAGCAUCCUCUGUGGAGGGGGUUAGGCUGUUUUUCUUGAGUCUUUCCUGGGCCUGUCAAGGUUAUUAACAGUUUCAGCUGCUAUGCAGAAGUGUCCCUGCAGGCCUGGCAAGAGGACAAAAGAUAGGCGCCUUUAAGGACUGGGGUAGUGGGUGAGGACAGGGGAAUGCUGCUUCCUGCAGAAUGUUAACAGGCUCUGCAGAGAGCCCUAGACACAGGCAACAUAAACAAUUGGCCUCAGCACCUGGAUUCCUUUGUUCUACAAACUAGUUUCUAUAGGCUAGAAACCCCUCUGUCUGCACUUGGGCAAUUACAGAGCUACUGAUUUAGUGCCUGCUGCAUACACUGCAGUGUGGGAGAUACAGCAGUGAAUACAGUGAUUGUGGGAGGCUUAUCCUUCAGGAUUCCUGCCCUCAGGAAGCUUAUAAUCUAACUGGGGAAACAGUUUCCCUGUGCAUUACAUGUAACAGAGAAGGUAAUGAUGUUCUACGUUAGUAAUGGAAGAUUUUAGAGAGGAGAGAAGGAAUAAUUAAGGGGAAGUGGAUGGCCAACACAGACAGUAGAAAAAGGUUUUGUGAUGCUCCAUUUUGUACCUAGCAAACCUCAUUCAACAUACAGACCUGCUCCCUCUUCUCUAGGUCCAAGGGCCUUAAAAAACCUGGAACUAGAAAGCAGUAGACUGGAGGCUUCCGCAGACUGUAGGAUUCAAGGUGACAUUUACAGACCGGCUUUAUGAGAGACAACACUGAUCCAUCUACUCAGAGGCUGGACCAUAGAGCGAUUGCCAGGGCUUGUGUAGAAGUCAGUAGGAACUGGAAAAACCCACCACCAAACCAGAGGAGCAGGCCCGUUCAGUCCUUUGAGCUUAUAGAGGAAGCAAGAAAGGAGGAGAGAGUAGAAAGUUGGUGCAUCUGCUCCAACUGGUGCAAAUCCCAGAAGCCUGAGAGUGAUAAGUUUGGAUAUUAGGGGUGGAGGAGCUGGGGUUGGGGUUGGGGGAUAGAAUUAGAGCCACCGUAAAACAACCUGAACAAGCCAUCUUCAUAAAUAAUACUAAGUGGCUUCUGGGUGAGACCUGGCAGUGUCUCUAAACAUUUCCUCAGGGAAACAGCGAUUGAAAAUGUAAUGUGAAUAAAUAAGGAAAGGAACUGCAAUUUGGUGAGUUCUUCCUUAUGGACCCAGUUUAUUUCUCAGAACGGUCUUUUUAGGAAGACAUUGUUUUUGCCCAUUUUUGCAGAUGGAAAAACAGACUCAGAAAUUAAAUAACUUGUCCGAUGUCAAACAGUUAGUAUUGAUAGAGCCUAGCAUCAAACCAGGUUGUAAAAUCCUUGUUCUUUAAGCCACUAACCUGUAAACUGUAAUCCCGAGUUCAAUGAUGUAAUAAUAUAGUAACAAGUUUCCAGCGACUCCGAAAACAAGGAUUAAUUUGAGCAUUAUAACAAAUCCCUUACACUGCUGUCUGGCGUGGUUUAGGGAGUGUGGAGGCUGUGUGGAUGUGGUCACCUUGUCAGGGCACCUGUGCACACGGGACUGCGUUCUUUCCAGGCCUCUGGUGUUGGGUAGGGUUCCUCAAACCCCGAAGGGCACCCUUCCCCACUGGUUGCUGUCCAUUUGGUUUGCUUCCUUUACUCCUGCUCCUCAGCCAAAGUAGUCUUUUGAAGUAAAACUCCAGCCUGGCUCAUCUUUCUAGACAACUUGCAUCCCGUGCCCCUUGACAUUUGUGCUUGGUUUCUGUUCUCAGCCUCUAUCUUCCAGGAGCCUGAGUCCCCUGUCAAAGGCCAGUGUUGGCUUAGCCCUGCCUCACUUUCCAAUACUUUGCAUAAUGCUAAACGUUAUUAGACAUGUGGUUUAUUACCUACCAGCUUUAUAGGGCUGGGACUGAGUGUGUGCCCCCUUAACUUUUGUAUCUUAUGUCCCUCCCUCACCUUAUUCUAGUUCCAGCCCUGCAGCUUUAGAUAAUUCACAUGUAGAUUAACCAUUCCCCUACCUUAACUCUUGAGUCCUCUGCCCCUUCCUUUCCCUAUUCCUACCUACUUCAGCCAGAGCCCACUGGAUAAUUUUCUGCUAUUUUGCUCUUCCCAGGAUCCAACCACCCAACCCUAGUAUUCUGGUAAUUUUGGCAAUGAUGUCCUAAGUGAAAUUAUUUGAUUGGUAUUCUGACUGAUGAGAUAAGAGUCUGGUUACCAUGUGUAUCAGGGUACAAUUAGAAAAGCAGCACCACUAAUAUAAAGAUUUUAUAUAUA